AAUGUGUUGUCCAUUCAAUCAUGGGUAUGCCAUGGAUAUGUUGGAAAUAAGUGUGCAGUGUUGGCGUUACAACAGAUGGGUAUAGAGGUAGAUCCCAUAAACACUGUACAGUUAUCAAAUAAUACUGCGUACUCGGCAUUCAAGGGAGAAUCAUUGUCUGCCGCCAAGCUUCUGGAGAUCUUCCAGACGCUGACCACCAACCAUCUCUCAGACAACUAUACACACGUGCUAACAGGCUACAACAAUAACGCCGAGACACUAAGAGCUGUACUAUCAAUAGUUCGUACACUUAAGCAGGCCAAUCCUAACCUCACAUAUGUUUGUGAUCCUGUACUUGGGGACAACAAUAAGCUGUAUGUUCCUGAGGAUUUGGUCGACAUAUAUCGCGACGAAGUCAUCCAGCAUGCAGACUACCUGUUUCCAAAUCAAACAGAGGCAGAACUCUUAACAGGAAUCAAGAUAAAUACAGAAGCGGACGCUAUAAUGGCGAUUGAUAAAUUACAUGAGAAGGGCAUUGCCAAUGUGAUAAUAACAAGCUGUAUGGUGGAUGACUGCAACGAUGAGAUUGUGGUCAUUGGCGGAGCCAAGGGACAGCGUAAAUUCCGCCUUUCCGUACCAAGGAUCGACGGAUACUUCACUGGCACUGGCGAUAUAUUCAGUGCACUGCUGCUUGGAUGGAGCACACGCGAGCCUAAUAACCUUGCAUUGGCAUGUGAACGUUCUGUCAGCACCCUCUACAACAUCAUCAAAAAGACACAUGAGACCAAGCAACAGAUACCAACAUCCAAACAAGGCGAGUACUACGAGAUUCGACUUGUUCAAUCGCGUCAUUUCAUUGGAAGUACUGAUGUACUCUUCAAAUCACACAACAUAUAA